UACCAAUCAGACAAAAUGAUUCGUGCCACUGUUUUGCUUUGUGUCUUGGGAUUCGUAGUAGCUUCCCCACCAUUGGUGAAGAGCCGUGAAGAAAUACAGGCUUUUAGAAGUUAUUUAGAAAGCACUAAAUCUAGUGGCAAUGUCGCCAAAUUCUUGGUACGCAAUAAUGUAUCUCCGCGCGCCAAUAUCGAGGAAAACAGCGGCAAGUUCCAAGGUGACAUAGUCCUAGAUGAUACCCUGAUCGAAGAGAUGGUCCUGAACUACGCAACUGGACGUAACGCUUACAUCUGGCCUGACACUAAAUGGCCCGAAAAUACUGUGGUCUAUCAAUUCGGAGAGGGAGAAUUUGGUCCAUUACAGCAAGCAGCGAUUCUGGAAGGUAUAGAGGCCAUAGAGAACAAUACUUGUGUUAAAUUUCGAUACAGGAAUCCAGAAGACACCGUCUUUGUAAACCUAACGGGAUCCCCCGAUGGAUGCUACGCUCACGUCGGCUACUGGGAACCUCGCGGCGUCCAUACCAUGAACUUGGCUAGAAACUACCCAGGAGUUGGCUGCUUCCGUCACCCCACCAUUGUUCACGAAUUUAUGCACAUUCUCGGCUUCUUGCACAUGCACGCCACCUACAACCGGGAUGAAUACGUUCAAAUUGUUGAAGAAAACAUCAUAUCUGGUACAGAACACAACUUCUACAUCUAUGACCAAGAGCUAGUCAGUAACUUGGGAAUUGAGUACGACUACAUCAGCUGCUUGCACUACAGCGCAUAUGCUUUCUCCGCGAAUGGAGAGAAAACCAUCGUCGCCCUUAAGGAACACGAAGGUGUAAUGGGGCAGCGUGAGUUUGUUACUGACAAGGAUUGGCUCAGAAUCAACAGACAUUACAAUUGCCCUGGCGCUUGGGAUUAACACCAUAUCAAUAAAGAACUAAUUA